AUGCCAAACCGAAACCCUACCGUCGUGCACUCUCCAUCCUCACCUCGUAGAUCACAGAGGCUCAUUCUCCUCCACGAGAACAACAAUCCCACCACCCCCAAACCUAAAUCCACACAAAAAUCUUCUACCCAGUCAAGAACCCCCGCUGUCAGGGUAAGGAAAACACCCAGGUCGAACGAUGAAGUUCUCUCUCUCAGACGAUCUGCUAGGUUCUCCAAUCAUAAAGCUCACCUGAAUGAGGGCGUUCAACUUAGCGGUGAUUCGACAAGAGGGAAGCAAGGGAAAACGAAGAAAAGUAGCGGUGAUGAGGGAAUUGAGGCUGAAGUUGGUGGAAAAGGGAAGAGAAAGCUCGGUGGCGAUGAAAUCGUUGAAGAGAGUCCGAUGGAACAAGUUGGAUCUGGAGUGAGAGGGAAAAGAAAGCAAGGGGGAGGUGAAAUUGCUGAAGGGUGGACUAAGGAACAAGAGCUGGCACUGCGAACAGCUUACUUUACUGCAAAACCUAGUCCCAAUUUCUGGAAGAAAGUAUCCAAACUGGUACCUGGGAAGUCUAAACAAGAUUGUUUCGAUAGGGUUCACCAUGACUUCCAAACGCCACCUCCAUGUCAGCCUAGAUCAAGGACAAAGACAAUUAACUCUUCGCCUCUUCAUCAAUUCUCAAUAUCUGCAAGUAAACUUCUCAAACCUACUGAAAAGAAGGUUUCUAAAUCAAAUAUUCUCAAACCAAAAAGCAUUGUUAACCAGAAGUCUAUUGAGAAUAUGUUGCAGCGCCAUCUUAAGGUGGAUCAAGUCCAUAAAGGAGACAUAUUUUCUGCUCUUGAACCCAACAUUGAUUUUGCUACUAAUGGUUUUCAGCCUAGUCAGGCACUUUGUACUCCAGAGCUGCAAAAGGAAAAUCAAGGGUUUCUACUAAAUUUCACUGAUGGAUCAUCCUCGUUUUCAAGUCGCAAGAAGUCUCUUUCUAGAUUUAGUGGCUCAUCAGGUGUUCAAGAUCUUGCUAGUCCACCUGUGCUAAAGAAAGUAAAGAACAAGGUGCAACAUGAAAAAUACGUCAAUCAAUUAAGAUUUAGGGAACUUAAGAGAAGAGCAGCAUCUACACGGACAAAAAAUUCUGUUGUUGGAGAAGGAAACCACAUUCAGAAAAAGAAUGUUAAAGCAGCAAAAGAUGCAUUGGUUUCUGAAGCUAGAGAUGCUAUCAACAAGUUUCAACAAUCGCAAGUCAAUAUCAUGGACAACACUUGUAGUUCUGAUGAGGACAAUGAUGAUUACAUCGGAGUUGAAUGUGAUAGUCAAUAG